AUGUUCCCCUUGUUGCAUUCUGAGCCUCUGACCAGACCAAAGAGAGCGGUCAAGUUUUUGAAGCUGGAGCUGGAUGCGGAUGACACUUUUACUCCGUCCGCAAUUAUGGCUCGGUUUGACGAGAUCAACAAUUUUGAUCAGGCUGAGCAUCCGGAAGACAUCACAGACGCCCAUUUUUUAGACUAUUUGGAGCAAGGAAAGCAACUUUCUACCAAUCCACAGUCGUCAAAGCCGCUCACUUACCGUGGAAAGACUGUGAUGGUCACUGGCGCUGGCAACGGGCUAGGAACAGCCUAUGCUUUGAUGUAUGGCAAGCUUGGUGCGAACGUCGUGGUGAACGAUAUGAACUCGGAAGCCGCGAGUAAAGUGGUGGAUGAAAUCAAACAUCUCGGUGCUAAGGCAGUUGCCAAUACUUCAUCCGUUGAGGAUGAACAGAAGGUCGUGAAGGCUGCUUUGGACAACUUUGGAAGCCUACAUGUUAUCGUUAACAACGCUGGUAUACUGAGUGACAAGAGCUUUAUCUCGAUGACCAACGCUGAAUGGGAUAUUAUUCAGAAGGUUCAUCUCAGGUGA